UAAUCGCUAUUUGAAGUUAGUUAGCGUCCGUUCGUUGAAGGUUCAUCACUUCAAGUUUCAACUAGCCGUUAUUAAAAGAAAAACUGAGGCCUGAGCGACAAGGAUCGUGGUGAUAUGCUCCGACAAGAAAAGAAGCAAAGCAGCCCUGCUUUAUUUUGUCAUCAGCAAUCCGUAAACGGUGAAGCCUGGAGAACAGCUCUAAUUAACAUGUCACAGCCAUGUCUCUCGAAUCUACCUUCGUGGCAAACAGAACGCCGUUCCAUGCAUGAAGACGAUGACAUGGUGGUCGAAGUCCAGCCAACAGAGACCAUGCAGCUUAACUCCGACUGCGAAACGAUUGGCGAUUUCGGAAUCUUGGGUCGAAAGGGUUCAGGCAUUGGCGUUCCGACUGGACCUGAACAGCAAUCAGAGCCGAUUACACCAAUAGAUGAAUACUGCUCACCUGAUUGUGACUUAGGUUUUCCUAAUCGUAACUGGAUGCCAGUGGAAUUGAAACCUUUGACAGCGCCUUCUUCAGCCAAACUGACAAUCGUGAUGGCAGAUAAUAUGGCGUCAUCCGGUUGGAUGGAUCAGAUUGAAGCUAGUGACGUGAUCAAACUGAAAAGAGAUCAAGCCUUAAAAUCCCGUACCUCACCUGGUUUUAAGACAACGUUUUUCCAUCUACCCAAGCAUUGUGAAAGGCGUGCAACGACGAGAGAAGGAACUCCUUCGGCAAUGUCCACCUGUACCGCCGUGAAUGUGGCUGCCGUGCCGGAUACGCUGUCUAAGCGAUGGAAGAAACGCGGCGACGACGCUGUUUUAGCUGUAAUUAGCGCUAUGUACGCCAAGUUUCUCAUUGUGCUGGGACUGGCUUUCCCAAUGACAGAAGUAAUUUCCAAUCAUGUGACGUCCUCUUCAUACUUGGGUUUCUAUUUGUAUCUCUACUUUGGUUGCAUCGCUUAUUUCCUUUACGUUUUCAUCACGAUGAUCCGCAACAAAGCCAGCAAGAAUCGGCAUUCAUUUUGCGGGACGAAACAAUCGAUGGUGGAAUUUAAAGAGCCCCAUGAUUUCCUUGAUGAAGUGGCUCAUCACCCACGAUCCUAUAGCGAUCCGACAUGGAAUAAGCCAACUCAUCACGGUUCCUUUUAUCUGCGAAUCGGAGCCGUCUCAUUCGGCGUGGGUUCAAUGAUCUACUCUGGAUUGGAAUUUGCGCAAUACUUUGAGAUCGAUGCCGGCAGUUACUGUGACAACAUUCUGAUGGCCGUCACACCCGCCACACGUAUGGUAUUCACGUUCAUCCAGAUGUACUUCAUUUUCUUAAACGCAAAGAUGGGCGUUUGUAAACCCAAAGCCAUUGCUUACUUUGGCCUGAUGCAUAUGGUAGCAACGAACCUCUGCGUUUGGCUGAACGUCAUUAUUGAGGAAACCAAACACGAAAUCCUCCAGUUUCAUCACAACGUAUCAAGCCACGGCCACAGACAAGAGGUUAAAACUACAACAGCUAAGUAUAUCGCGACCGAGGAUGCUCACGCUGAAGCUUUGGUUGAUGCCAGAGAAAUUUUGCAAAGCAAUCAAGCGAUUUUCAGUCGUUCAUUGCUCGAUGAAUGCAAGAGGAGUGAGGUCAUGGGCCACUUGGUUCAGGACGCCAGUCCGCUCCUAUUUCCUUGUGCCAUAGAGUACUCGUUGAUCUGCGCCGCUAUCCUCUACGUUAUGUGGAAGAACGUUUCAGCAGGAGGGCUCGAAGAAGACCGACGAUAUUCAUCAAACUCAUCGGCCAGUGGUCGCCGAUCCCGUCAUCAUUAUUCGGUCGACUGCGCCAAGGCUAAUAAAGGUCUUUUUGCGGGCAUCUUCGUUCUGGUUCUCACCAUCAUCAGUUUGAUACUUUUCUUCGCGCUCAUCAAUAAUCCCGAGUACAGAGCAAUGGCAAUUAUGGAAGUCGGGGCAGCUCGUUUUGUCCUUUUUUGUAUGGCGUUCGUGGCAACAAUCAUCGGCAUCGUGCAAGUGCGCGAAUUGCGUUACGAUUCCUCUCGCCAUUUUGAUCUGGACGAUGUGCUCCUCAUUUUCGGUCAAAUCGGUUUGAUGGCCUAUAAUAUAUUCACAGUCAUAGCAGGUUAUUAUACAAUGAACGAGGACGAGGAUGGCGCUCUCGUGCUUCUCAGUGCUUUAGCUGCUCUGUUCCAGGCUGUGACACAAACUCUGUUCAUUUUGGAUGCCUCCCGUCGUAAUACGUAUUCGGUUGACCAGCAGACACGCAAACCCGGUCGUGAAGUUGUCACUUUCCUUUUGGUCUGUAAUUUUGCCAUGUGGACUGUGAACACCCUGGAGAAAUCGCGAGCGGACGUCAACCCUGUCCAGCUUCAGUUCUACGGCCUUUGGCCUUGGAUAAUUAUCAUGAACGUGUGCAUGCCUUUGGCCAUUUUCUAUCGUUUCCACUCGACUGUCGUCCUCUGCGAGAUAUGGAAGCGAUGCUACAAGGCUAAACCAGACUACACGUGAAUCCACAUGUAGUCUGGUCAUAAGUUUCAAUCAUGUGCGUCAGUGGAAUCGUUAAAGUAUUUCGUUUCUUUUGGUUUUUUUUACAGACAUCGUAGCAUUUGAUCUAAGUGGCCUUUUCGCUAGAAAAAGAUAAUUUUCUUUGCGCCCCAUGGCUUUAUGUGCGUCAUUCAAAAGUGGAUUUGGCAUUUGCUGUCUAAUCCAUGUUUACAUAUGCAAUUCUCCGUAUUCGCUGUGGGGUUUUUUAUUUGUUCAAUCCCAAAGUUCUGAAAGGUCGAACUGAAUGUUUUCUCUCGUAUUCAUUCUCUUUCUUUUUCUCUUUUGCAACAAGAUUUUUUUGGCAACCAAUACACACACGUUAGUUCGUU